AUGGCGGCCGUGGAAAGAACCCGUCCUUUACUUCAUCUAUCGCACUUCAUCAUGCCCCGUCCAAAGCGCUCAAUUGAGGAGCUGGCGAAUAAGUCGGACUCGGACGACGAGAACUACAGCGACCAUCCGGUGCGCUCCUCGCGACCGGCCGCCCGAUCGAAAUCGCAAAAGAAGUCCAAGCCUGCGAAGAAAAAGGCGCGUCGAGAUUCUGACGACGAUGACCUUUCUGAUGACGAUGGAUUAUUCGAUGAGAUCGACGAUUUUUCCGCCCAAGAGUCGGAGGAAGAGGAGGAGGAUCCCGACGCUCCGAAGAAUGCGCGAGGGCUGACGGCUCGCAGAGCUGCGGCCAAUCGGCCAACAUACAACGCGGGCGACUCUAGUAGUAAUGAAGAUGAUUCCAACGACGAUGGGGAACCCGAGGUCGCCCCGUCGCCAAAGAAACCCAGGAGCACCGUUGUCAGGUUGAAAUUGAAUUCUUUGAAACGCCAACCGUUCCCGGAGGGCAACCGACGGGUGACGCGCCAUACUCGUGACCCGUCCGAGGAGAUUUACGCGCUGACGAAUUCGGGUCGCCACGCUCAACUUGUCGAAAGGGGUACAAUGAGUCCGGAGACAAAGGCGAAUAAUGGCCGCCGGGAAUCUCGCGCCUCGAAGCGUCUCACUGUCGCAAGAGAGGAGGAAGAGGAAGAGGAGGUGGAGGAGACAGAGGAGAAGCAGGAAAGCUUCGAGGUCAUAGAAGAGACCACCCUGGAAGUCAAUGCCUCGCAACCUGAGAUCAUGGAGAGCGAUCAUCAGGGUGAUUUCGAGGAAGGGGUUCCUUCGGGUCAGAACAGUGCCGAAGUCACGGCUGAAGCCGAUGAACACCGAUUUGUCCCCGAAUCUGAGAAUGGCGACGCGAAGCAUGAUGACGAGGAGGAUGACGAAGAUGAGGGUCCAAUAACACGGAGAAGGUCUCGGCCCACUCGGAAUCAGACAAUCGAAGAUCCCCAGCCAGAUGAAGAAGAGGCAACGCAACCGCGCCGCUCAAGCCGAAAGAAACCGAGAGGCUCUCAACGCAAGCGACAAGAAGACGAAAGCGACUUUGAGCCGGAGGAGGAGGAGUCCAACGAUGAAGAUGACGACCUGUCUCAGUCUGGCAAGUCACAGGGCUCGCCACGGAAAGGAAGUCGGGCGCGCGAUGACGAAGAGCAGGACAGCACCGCUGGUCGGCGUCCUGGUCUGCGUAAAAGAGCGUCCCGGUCCCGUGGACAAUCGGAAAUUCGAGGCGACAUCGCUGAGGAGCUUGCCGAAGAACUGCAGGAUCUGAGGGGAGAUCGCCCACGCCGGCGACUGCAGACAGAUAUCGUGUACGAAAAGCCAAGGCGCAGUCGCAAGGACGUUGAUUACCGGAUCAUUCGGCCCGAUCUCAUAUUACCCAUCGAUGAGGCGGAACAGGAGGUCAACGAGUCCCCUUCCCGCCGAGGUCGUGGUGGGGGUGGCGGCGGUGGCAGCUGGCAGCGUACCUUGUUCCCGACGUAUGGUCCAUUCGGGGGUGGCGGGCCGCCAGCGAUUCUCGCACCGCCCGGCGCACCUGCUGCAACAGGGGGUGUCGACAGUGACAGCAGUGAUGACGAAGUAAUGCAGCAUCCCAAGGGCGCUGCAGCUGGGGGUUCUAUCUCCGGUCCCCCAGGCCUCCUUGCUUCAACGCAGACUCAUGGGGCCGAUGGACUGCAAGGUCCGUCAGGAACGCCUGCCAACCUGGGGAAGAUCAAGGAUAAGCAAACGCUUGCGGAUGCCGAUCCGUUAGGUGUGGACAUGAAUGUCAAUUUCGACAGUGUUGGCGGCUUGCAAGGACACAUCGAUCAAUUGAAGGAGAUGGUGUCCCUUCCGUUGCUAUACCCGGAGAUCUUCCAGCGUUUCCACAUUGUGCCACCGAGAGGUGUUCUCUUCCAUGGACCUCCUGGUACAGGUAAAACGCUAUUGGCGAGAGCUCUGGCCAACAGUGUCAGCUCCGAGGGUCGCAAGGUCACAUUUUAUAUGAGAAAGGGUGCGGAUGCAUUGAGCAAGUGGGUUGGUGAGGCCGAAAGGCAGCUGCGUCUGCUUUUUGAGGAGGCCCGGAAGACCCAACCCAGUAUUAUCUUCUUUGAUGAAAUCGAUGGUCUGGCUCCCGUGAGGUCAAGCAAACAAGAGCAGAUCCAUGCCUCUAUUGUGUCGACUCUACUGGCGCUAAUGGACGGUAUGGACGGCCGUGGACAAGUCAUUGUUAUUGGAGCUACAAAUCGACCCGACUCCAUCGAUCCUGCUCUGCGGCGUCCCGGUCGCUUUGAUCGCGAGUUCUACUUCCCGCUGCCCAACACGGAAGGUCGGCGGGCCAUUCUCGACAUCCAUACUCGGGGCUGGGACCCGCCUCUCCCAGACCCCAUCAAAGACGAGCUGGCUGAGAUCACCAAGGGUUAUGGCGGAGCCGAUCUUCGUGCGCUUUGUACCGAGGCUGCUCUCAAUGCAGUGCAAAGGAAAUAUCCCCAAAUCUACAAAUCCAACCAGAAGCUUCUGAUUGACCCCAAGAAAAUCGACGUCACUCCGAAGGAUUUCAUGAUAGCGAUCAAAAAGAUGGUUCCUUCUUCGGAGAGGUCCGCCUCUUCUGGCGCUACACCUCUACCAAAGACAAUUGAACCUCUUCUGCGACAGCCACUGGUUGAAAUUAGGACUCUGUUGACCGAGGUUCUUCCACAAAGAAAGAGGCUUACGGCUCUCGAAGAGGCUCAAUUCGAAGAGCCGGAAGGACCGAAGGGUUUCCGACGCGAACAGAUGCAGCACGAAUUCGAUACCUCUCGUGUAUUCCGGCCUAGAAUGCUACUUCGUGGGCCUCUGGGCAUGGGUCAACAGUAUCUAGCAGGUGCAAUUCUCCAUCAUUUUGAAGGGCUUCACGUUCAAGCGCUCGACCUUCCAACCCUCCUGAGUGAUUCAACCAGAUCUCCCGAAGCAGCUGUCAUACAGCUCUUUCAAGAGGUCAAGAGGCAUAAGCCCAGCGUGAUCUACAUUCCGAAUAUCCAGUCUUGGCUAAAUACAGUUGGGCAGACCGUAAUAUCCACAUUUCUGGGUCUUCUACGGUCGAUCCCUCCUUCGGACCCAGUCUUACUAUUUGGUGUCCUGGAGUCUACCGGCGAUGAGAUGGAUCACGGUCUGCUAAACAACAUGUUCGGGUUCUCGAAGAAGAAUUUCUACGACCUCGAAACCCCCGAUUCUAAUGCCCGGCAUGAAUUCUUCAGCAGAGUGAUUGAUUACGUUAAGACAUCGCCAUCCGACUUCCCAGAUCCUGAAAACCGCAAACGAAGAACGCUCGAGACUCUGGAGGUCGCGCCGCCACCUGCACCGAAGGCUGCGCCGCCUCCUACUAAGGAGGAGCUCAAGGCACAGAAGAGAAAGGAUCAUCAGACUCUGAAUCUACUGAAGAUCAGGAUUCAACCAAUUAUGGAUCAGAUCAAGAAGUACAAGAGGUUUAGGACCGGUGUGAUCGACGAAUCGCAGAUUCGCUACCUCUGGGAGGAAGAAGAUCCGAACGUCGUCACUAGCGACCUGCCCAUCGAGCAAAGAACGAUGUUCCGACCUUUCGAAAAGGACUUUGAUAAACAUGGCGUCCCAGGUCUUCGUGAGGCUGUGUCUGGAAAGUUCUUCUACAAUAUGGAGAUCGUCACCAUCGAAAAGCGACUAUCCAAUGGUUACUAUAAGCGACCAAAGGACUUCCUAGCGGAUAUCAAGCGCUUAGCGAAGGAUGCACGGCAACUUGGCGACCAGGAACGCUUGUUGCGAGCCAACGAACUACUCUCGAAUGUGGAGGUUGACGUCGCCACAAUUGAGCAGGCAGAGCCGGCCCUUGUUACGGAAUGCGAGAACGUCUAUCUUCGGGAGCUGCAGCGUGAAAAGCUCGCGGCUGAGCAAGCCAGGAAAGCCGCUGACGAGGAAAGCUUCGCCAAUAUAGCACCCACAGGCAAUGUCCCCCACGGUAAUACUGAUUCUGCCCCUUCCAGCGGACCCGUGGUUCUUGGCGAAUCUUUCCUGGGUGGGCCAGCUCGGCCGCACACUCCGACACGACGCUCGGCGGUCAGCUUCCUCACCAACGGAUACCACGAGGGCGGAGGUUCAGAUCUCAACGAUCUUAGCAACCAUGCCACCAUCAGCAACGGAUCCCACGAGUCUCGAGGAGAUAUCGAUGGCGAUAUUUACAUGACGAAUUCCGAGGAUCACUCGGGUGAAAGAGAGACGCAAGGCAGCUCAUUCGGGCCGUCCGCUCAGCCCAGGCCGCCGUAUUCGCACACGGCCCCUUCACAGCAAGUGAGACGGGAGUCAGGCUUCUCGAGUUUGUCACAGAAGGGACCCAUGACCCCCAUGGCGCCAGGGUCGCAACCACACGACUAUACCAACGAAGCAUCGACCACGCAGACAACCUCGGACAAGAAAUCAUCAGAGCAAUCUUCGGUGCCGCAGAAUUUCACACAAAGUCCCGUGGCGGCGCACGCAUUGCGGCAUGAGUUUCCAGACCUGACCCAGUAUCCCGACCGUGUGUCGCAAGAAGAGCAUCUCCCAGACACCCAGCAGCCUGAGAGCAGCCAGCUCUCUCCGCAUCCUCGUGAGUCGUUGCCAGGACACACAGAGCUUACGCACCUGGAGAUUGCAGUGCCUGGAGGCAGUCAAUCCCAAUCUAAGCACCAACCCCCUGUGCCUCUGUUCGAGGCAACUACCAAACAAGCUUCCCAUGCCCCCUCAAACCUCCAGUCGUUGCUGAACAACGAGGACCUGUCCCCGAAAGUCAUCCUGGAGCAUGAGUUCAUUGAGGAUCUGCACAAGCAACUCACCCAGAAGACUAGUGGAUGCUCAGUCGAGCAGCUCGAGCAGAUCAACAGCAAUUUGAUGGACUACAUUUGGCGCAUGCGUGGCGAGUGGAACCGCAACAAAGUGGCCGCUGGCAUCCGUGAUACUUUCAACGAGGUGUUGGAAGACAUGCAGGGGAUGCAGGAAAUUGGACCCAUUAGCCAGCGUACAAAGGAACAGCUGAGUGCUGAGAUCUAG